ACAAACUCAAAGAAAAAAAAAAGAGUGAUGUGCGGAUCCAUAGCAAGCCGAUGGAGAGUACUAAGCGGCGAGAACAAUUGGGAGGGUCUCCUUGAACCUCUAGAUCCCGAUCUCCGCAGAUAUAUCAUUCAUUACGGUCAAAUGACUGCAGCCAUAGAAGACCUGUUCAACAAAAAGAAGAAAGCAGCAGACGCGACGGAAGAAGAGUUCUUCACCAAGGCUUGUCUCGUAAAAGGAAACCUAUACGAGUACGACGUGGAUCGGUUCAUUUAUGCCGGCACAAGAGUUGUUCCGUCGUCAUGGUUCGGAUAUGUGGCCGUGGCCACCGAUGAAGGAAAGCGUGCACUCGGCCGGAGGGACAUUUUGAUCGCUUGGAGAGGAACCAAGACGAACUGGGAACUCAUCAAUGAUUGCAUCAUAAAUCAUACAUCCGGUACUGAUAUAUUCCCCACUGCGAAGGAACACGGUGCUAAACUGCACCGGGGCUUCCACUCUCUUUAUACCGGAACAAGAACUCGUUGCGAAACUAGCGCCAGACAGCAGGUCCUGGACGCGGUAGAGGAGCUUGUGAAAAAGUACGAAAAUGAGGAAACAAGCAUAACUGUGACCGGGUUCAGCUUGGGUGCUGCACUCGCAACCCUAACCGCAAUGGACAUAGUUGCCAAUGGAUAUAACAAGCCCACCACCGGCAACAAGCCGUGCAUGGUCACUGCCUUCACCUACGGCGGUCCGCAUAUCGGAAACGUUAAUUUGAAAAAAAUAUUUGGUACACUCGGCAAACACCAUCAUCUUCUUCGUAUAAAAAAUAAAAAAGAUCCGGUUACUAAACUUCCACCGGGUUCGAAAACUUAUUUCGGAAAUAAAUUGGUUGUUGACUCCUCGAUGUCAAACUACCUGAAGGGGCUUAUUUCUCCUCCGACUCCGAGCAUGAAGUCUGUGGGAUCCCCUUUCUUAUCAUGCAUUAAUGGCGUGGGCACUAAACGCAAACGUAGCGAUAGUCACAUAGUCCCUCUAGAUGAUAAACUUAAAGCCAAGCGUAUCUGCGAAGACGAAGACCAAGACGAAUCUCAACCAAUUCCAGACGAAUCUAAUAGUAGACACAAACGCAAACGUAGCAUUCCAGAAAUCCUUUUUAGUACUCACAGUAUGGACCUAUAUAUGCAUGGAGUUGCAAUCAAAGACAUCGAGAACAACGCUAGCAAAUUAUUAGAUCAUGAUAUAGCACUCGUAAACAAACACUCAGGUCGUCUGAAAAAAGAGUACAAAAUUCCUUCGAAAUGGUGGUUCGGUAAGAACCGCAAAAAAAUGGUUCAAUUGGAGAACGGUCGUUGGAAAGUUCAAAAGCAGCAAACGUUUCGAUAAAUCACCUUAAGUUGUUUGUCUUUC